AUUCCCACCCGAUUUCUGGUCGACGCGAUCCCGCUUCCGCUGGCUGCGUCACAUGGCAGCAGUGCGACGCGUUCUUCUCCUCCCACACACGCACAUGCACUUUCAUCGCCCCGCCAUCACCACAACAAAAGCAACACCGAUUGCCAUUGCAGAUCGGCAGAGGCUUAUCCCAGCAGCGCGACAAGGAUAGAAGCGAGAACACCCACCUUCACCCCUUGGGACAGAGAAAUGCCUUCCUCCCACCUCUACCAACCACACCCCAAUUCUGCUCGCGACGAAGAUAACGACUACUUUCUGGAGCUCGCCGACGAACAAGCCGCCGCCAGCCACGCUGCCGACCGCUCCUGCUCACGACGCUCCAUGUCUCGAGCCUCCUUCUCCAAACGCCGGUCGCUGCCCGCAGAGGCAGCGCGACCCAGCACCAGCGGCGGCAACGUCUCACGACCUCCCUCACGCCUCGACACUCUGCGCGCCUCAACAGGCCUCUUCCAGCACGCCGACCUCCAGCGUCGCGCGUCGCUAACGCGCACAUCUCAUUAUGACGACACCACCUCCACCGGUCGCACGCGCCGCUUUUCCACCUUCGCCGACCGCUCACCCAUAUCGCCGCGCCAGCAGCGACCACGCUCGCCUGAGCCACAGCCGCUCGGUCGCAGAAGGUCAUCCUCGGGAACUGCCUCGUUUGGCACCAGACACCAUGACAACCACCUCUUUCUCGCUCCCACUAUAGAAUCGCAAGACUCUCCCACGGAAUCCUCGGACCGACAGCACACAGACUCCUCCGUUGAUUCACAGACUGCAGACACGGUCUGGGACGAGCUCGAUGAGCUCAAGUCUCGCAUCAAGAAACUCGAGUGCGACCACAAGAAGCCCUCUUCAUCAAGUGCCGCCGCCUCUGGCGACUCUGGCGACCGUCCACGUACGGCGACCACAGCACCAACUACCAUCACAUCUUCGCCCAAGCAGUCCACCACCAAAGACACUGCAGAGGCACCCACGACCGCAUCACCAGCUUUACCUACAGAACAGAAUGUUGGAAGCUUGUGGGCGAACAUCCACCCACUUCUGCACGACGCACUAGGCAGAUCGAGAGACAGCCUCUCAUCAACUGUAUUCCAUAACCUGGAAGUCGUCGUUGCCGACGCCCUGAACCUUGCCGCACUAGCCGGCGUGCCCGCAGGACAGAAUGCCAAUUCGGCAUCGCCGCAAACUAAUCAGGCACCCCUUAAUGAGCGUCAGGUUCGCCGUAGAGUGGACAACCUGUGCCGCAACUUGACUGAUCUCUGCAUUUCGCUACGCGAAAGCAAGCCAUCUACACCAGCUACUCCCGGUUAUGUUGCAUCUCCGGGCAUCGUAGCUUCUCCAGCUCAGCUGUCCUCGCCGGCUCACUUCGCAUCUCCUGCACAAGCUGAGCUUCCCACCAUCGACCUUCCUCUACGCAGGACAGUGCGUAAGAGCAGUUUGCCAGUCGCUGCUUUGACACCUGGUCGACCCAUGAGUCGUCUUGAGCAGCGCAAGUCAAGCCUGCUAGGUCCACAAGCUAUCGAUACUCGUGCAAACAUCAGUCCACGCGGCAGUCACGGCGAUCUCUCCGGGUCUGAAGCCCAAUCUACUCCGACACACUCUGCCACUCUGCAGCCACCCCACCGCAUCAGCGCAGUGCCAAGCAGGGCGCUCCGCAGCCGGAUGCAACAGAACCACGAUACCACUCAUGAAGAACGCACACUGCGUGCACCAUCGCGCGCCAUGACCGACUUCUCCUCUUCUUUCCGCGCCAACACUCGACUUGCCAGCCAGGAUCGUUCUCCAGGGGCUCAAAGACAGAUGCCUUCUCUCAGAGACAGCCUGGCAAGUAGACGCAAGUACGACACGUCACCCGUCCUCGAAGAGGACGCCUCCAGUCCUGUACCUCAACCUCGAGCCCGCAUAUUCUCUUCUGGACAGACAUAUAAUAAAGUGCCCAGCCGCACAUCAAGCAUCAUUCGGUCGAAGCAUCUGAUGGAGUAGGUUUCUCUCGAUGCUAUUUUACAAGCGAGCAUGAUUAAACAGCAGGCGGCACUCAGAGUUGCUUCGCAAUGAGUGUGCAUUUAUCCUUUUUCAGCUUUUGGAAGCGUUUUUUGACUGGACGCGUUACGAGCAUAGCAUAACGAUGGGAAACGAGGCGUUUGAAAGGCAUUGACCGGCAUUGACUGGCGCGUGCCAAACGAAGGCUUGUUCGCAUCACGAUGGAAACGAAAGCGCGCGUUUGUUUUGGGUGGAACUUUGUGCAAGAUACCAAUCGCAGCUUUUGCUGCGCGCAUUACGACUGGUUUGUACGAAAACGCUGAAAGGGCGUUCUGUUUGUUUGAUUGCUUGUUUGUUAGCAUAACUGCACUGUUCAGUGCAGACUCUGAUCGAUUCUGAUCAGACAGCCGAGUUUUGGGCUUUUUUUGUACGUUUACUUCACGACCGGGAGAGCGAGAGAGCUUGUUGUACGAGAUGGUUGCAAUGGAAAGUGCUUUACACAUUACACGCGGUUCUGUCAACGUCAUCGCA